CUUUAAGAUGAGAUUGAAUUGAAAACAGAUGUAAGCCUAACUUAGAGGCACCUCGAGUUUUGUGCACCCUGUGUGUCGAAGCACAAUCAUAUCUUCUCCGUGAACUACAAUAAACUCACCACCCUUACGAUGUUUCAAGUGAAAUCGGGAUCGUGCAACAAAUUAAAAUAAAGAUCUGAUAUCAGGCAAUCGAAAUGUGUUUAAACUUCUUUUACCUGGAAUGUUUCCUCUUACCUGUAUGGGCCUCAAUAUUCCUCGUUAUUCCGGAUGUUGCGCUGGCAAAUGAUGAUUUUCUGGAUGAAACGUCUGUAGAGGAAAUGGUGAAGAAGUUGGAAAAAUGGAAAAUAAUACCCGAAUGUUUUUCAAUCCAACCACGUCACGAGUUUUUGAUAAGAUAUACGCGUGAUGUAUACAUUAAAUUUGGCACGGAAGUGGAUCCUGCACCGGAUAUGACAUGGCUCAGAUUCAACAUGAUAUGGAACGCACAAGAAAACAUUUACUACACUGCGAUGUUAGUAGGUCUGGAUGAGCCGUCAGUCCAGACGCCAGUUCAUCGUGAAUAUUUAUAUUGGUUGGUCACAAACAUUCCAAUAUGCAAAAUUUUGAACGGUCAUGUCAUUGCUGAGUAUCAACAACCAAAACCAGAAAAUAAUACAGGUUUACAUCGGUACGUAUACAUAGUAUACCGACAGCCUUGCGGGGAAAUGAUCUACAGGGAGAAACACAUUGAUAAGCGGGAUAUUGAGCCUAGGUACAACUUUUCUAACCGCAAGUUUGCAGACAAAUAUGGUUAUGCAGGACCUUAUGCUGUCAAUUUCUUCACUGCAAAGUUCUCUCCACCUCAUCAGGAUUAAAAAUUAUCGGAUACAAUAUUGACAACUUCAUUAAUGGGAGCAUAAUUACACGCGUUCUUAAACAUUGGAACAUCAUUUGGCAGAAACCACCGUUGAAAAGUCCCUGUACAUAUCUGUAAGGUUUAUAUUAAAAUCUAAAAUCAUAAUAUUACUAAUAAUGUACGUGUCCUGAGGAAUGUGGUCAAUGACAAGAAUACAAACAUUUUGAAGCUACGUAAUUGUGCUUUAAUUGGAAAUUGGAUAUUUUGAGGGAGAAAAACGACGACAACUACGUUAGUUGAUAGACUAUGUUUAUGAAGGGGCAAGAGUCAAAAAUGUUUAAUUGCAUGGCAACGUUUCAAAAUUGCAUCCAGUAACUAGCGAGUUUUUCUUUAUUUAGUAUUAGGUAUGAAGGUUUAAUUUUUAAAAUUCCAGAAUUUGAAUUAAUUGUUUCAUUGUCAAAUAUUUUUGAAGCGUUUGAAUGCAAUUAUGCCCUUUUGCUCCUGACCCAUUCCCAUAUGUGCUGUACAUUCGACGGUUGCCUUUGCGUUACUAACAUCCUAAAUAAAAAACCAGAGCUUUUUCAAACAUAUGUGUUCCGUUGUGCCUAUCUUUAAGGUAUAAAAAGCCUCAAAUGCACUUUCUUGAGUCUUAAAAUGUCUCGGAGCAACCUGAGGUUUUGACUGAUUUGAC